GGCGACGCGGGGCGGCCCGCGGAGGCAGCGGCGGCAUGUUGCAGCCGCGGCGGCCGCUCGUCGGCCUCGUCGCCCGCUGCGCCCGCGCCGCCCGCCUGGGUCCCCGCCCGCCCGGGCCCGCCGAGGGUCCCCCCCGCUGCUGGCGGCCAGGCGGGGGGCGGCGCGGGGCGGCGGGGCCUGCUGGGCCUGCUGGCGCGGCAGUGCAGCUGCGUGACGGGGCAGCGGGCGCGGCGGGCCCGCCGGGCCUGGCACCGUGGUAGCGGCGGGGACGGGCCGGCCGAGAGGUCGAGGCGCGGCGGAGGAGGCGGCGGGGGAGCUUGGUGGUGGUGGCGGCUGCUCCGGGCCCGCCCCGCUUUCGCUGCUACCGGCCGCCUCAUGGCGACCCUGGCCGGCGUCUUCGUCUGGGACGGGCAGCGCAUCGAGGAGGAGGAGCUGCAGCGCUCUGCGCAGGAGAUGAAGCACAUGGAGAACAUAUCCAGCCUGUUCCAGGCCAGCAGCCCGGGCGAGUAUCAACGGUCGGAGCCCAAAUCGGAGCGAGAGGCAGUCGCCGUCCCCGGGGAGCAGCCCUGGGAGAUGAUCAUGGACAAGAAGCACUUUAAGCUUUGGCGGCGGCCGAUUGAGGGCACCCACUUAUACCAGUACCGAGUGUUUGGCUCGUACACGGAUGUGACUCCCCGGCAGUUCUUCAACGUACAGCUGGACACUGAAUAUAGGAAGAAGUGGGACUCGCUGGUCAUCAAACUGGACGUCAUCGAGAGAGACCUGGCCACUGGAUCGGAAGUGAUUCACUGGGUCACUCAUUUCCCGUACCCGAUGUACUCGCGGGACUACGUCUACGUUCGACGGUACAGUGUAGACAAGGAGAACAACCUGAUGGUCCUAGUCUCCCGGGCAGUGGAGCAUCCCAGUGUCCCUGAAGAUCCCGAGUACGUGCGGGUUAGGACCUAUGAGUCCCAAAUGGUCAUCCGUCCCCACAAAACCUUUGAUGAGAACGGUUUCGACUACUUGCUGACCUACAGCGACAACCCGCAGACCGUCUUCCCCCGCUACUGCGUCAGCUGGAUGGUCUCGAGUGGUAUGCCGGAUUUCCUGGAAAAGCUGCACACGGCGGCCCUGAAAGCCAAAAAAAUGGAAAUCGAAGUGCGGGACUAUAUGUCUGCCAAGCCCCCGGAGAGCAGCGGCGGCAGCGAGGGCAAGGCGAGCGUGGCAGCAGCCGAGCACAAGAGCGAUGGCACCCGCAGCCCUGCCCAGCUGGAAUACGCCUGAGGAACCGAAAUUCCGUUCCUCCGGUACCGGGAUGAGACGCCGGGUUCCGGAGAGGGACCUGUGCCACCACGCCGGAGCUCCGCUGGGAUUUUGCCACCCCGGUGUCAUCUCUAAAGCUCUGCUCCCCCUCGCCGCCGGGGCUGCUGCCCCCCACGCCCCCGUCGCGUGCUCGUGGCCAGGCUGAUGAAAUCUCACCCCCUCUCCUUGGUUUUCCAUCCCGGUAAAUAUUUUUUUCCUCCCCAACAGGGAAAAAAUUCCCUAAAAACCAACCACUUCCCGCCGCCCCCCCUCCCCCAUCUUACCACGGCACGGACAGCCUCCCCCCAGCCCCUCCCCCCAGUCUCCCCCCGCAUCCCUUUUGGACUCUGGACCCCCGAUAUUUUUGGGUCUCGCUGGAUGAGGAUGCUCCACGUCACCAUCCUGGGGUGGCAUCCCCCACCCCCCACCAACCCCCAGCCACAAAAGACCCUUCAGCCAGCGAGGCAAGGGGGGGGGGGGGGGCGGAUCGGCGUGACUGGAGCGUGGGUGGUCUGAACUGGUGAAACUGGGGAAAAAUGCUAUUUUGGGGUGGGUUUAGCUGCUGGUUUGUUGUAGGGGGAGGGUAGAGCUUUGUGGGAUGGGGGAGGGGGGGGACGACACACCUUUCUGCUGGUGCUAACCGGACCCCCGGGGCUGACAUCCCCCCGCCCCGGCUCGCGGCACUGGGGGGGGGGGGUCGGGGAAAGCUGUAGGAGCAGCAAAAUCCUAAUAAAUCGUCUGUCGUAGCCACGGCUGCUGUGGCCAGUGCCCACGCGCCCCCUAA